AUGGACCCCUGCAAUAUUAAUAUCAUCAGGCAGAUCACGUGCUAUGAUUUGUCUGCAAUAUUCGAGGUAGAUCUGAAUGGACACAAGUAUGCAUUGAAGGUUUUCCACGACAACGGCGACUCUGGAUAUACCGAGAAAGGCCGCGACUUGAACAGGUUUCGCCGCGACUUAGAUGCUUACAAGAAGCUUCUCACCUCUGGUGUCUGUGCACGCGGUUUUCCAAGGCCGAGAGCAAUAUUGCUAGAAUAUUUCCCAUAUGCAGAGAGUCUGAACUGCGUGGACUACUCGGACGCGCACCUUCCCCAGGCCAUUGAGGGCAUGCAUGAGAUACACCGGGCGGGUGUCCACCAUCAAGACAUCUACCCCAAAAACCUUCUCCUGGUCCGUGGCAACCCCGGUAGGCUGGUCUGGAUUGACUUUGAUGUUGCAACGACCUUCACCGACUUUGGACCUAAACAGCUAGCCCGCUGUGACUACGAAAUUGCGCUUGUGAAGGGGCUCGCGGAAGGUAUGAGAGAUGACCAGGCCGAGGGACUCCCACCGAAUACAAAAUUCUGUUAAGGGUUCCAUGGGCGUUUGCCUGUUUUG